AUGGAAAUUCCUGAAGUGUACCUGUCCGUGCUCGCUUCGCAUGAGGUACUGCUCGCUUCGCAAAUCUGCCUGAGCCCGGUUCAGGUCUACGUCGUGGUGCUGCAGGAGAUUCGCUCUGCCAUGAGCUCAAUGACUUGGGUCCUAAAGCCGCUGAAAUUCCUCUUCUCGCACUUUGGAACUCUCAAGUCCUAUUUUGAAACAAUACCAGAGUACGACCUCAAGAAAUGUGUGAACACUUUGGAUCACCCAGCUUCGAAGUACAUGGCUGACAUACCAUCAGUGUUAGCUUUGACAAUGUCCAUUGAAGGAGAAAGAGAAUGUGUUUUCGCAAUAGUUCUCUUCCUACUGCCAUUUGCAAGAUUUUUUGUUUGA